ACAAGUUUAUGAUGAAAAUUGGACCUGUGGCGAGUGAAAAGUGACACCGAUCCAACCUUUUCUUUGAAAGUCAUGCGCCUGUUGAUCUGUCUGCUGUCUGCGCUGAUUCUAUGCAAGAAUGGGAAAGCGAGCGGAGAGUUCACUCCGGCUGGACACUCUCUGCAUAUCAACGACGGGAACUUUUCAAACGGGGAUCACAUGAAACAAGAGCCCUUUCAGCGCCAACAACAAGUGAUCGAACCCUUGUCAGGUUCUGCCUUGAACCUAAAAGUCCAGGUCAACGACGUGCUGAGUCGUCAGUACCUGAGCCAGGCAGUGGUGGAGGUCUACAUCAACUACACCAGAACCAACACAGCUCUUACUGGAGAGGACGGAGGUGUUUUACUUCAUGUACCUUACCGAAGUGACGUGCCAGUCACAAUUGUGGCCAGCAAGGAAGGCUACGUCUGCACACUGCUGCCUUGUAAAACCAACAGAAUGCCAAUAUUUUCCUCCGUGACCAUGUCCCUACUUGGCCUGAAUCAAGGGAACAUCUGGCUUUUUGAUGAUUCUGUCAUGAUCACUGGCAAAACAUCUGAUUCUUCAUCGCUGCCAAUUGUCCAGUUUCCCAAAAGCCUGCUGAACCUGACAGACAGCAGUGACGUCACUUCUGUCAAAGCCUACCUGACCGUUCCCAAGCUGCCGUCCGAGGAUGACACCUUUCUUAACACUAUGGGCAUCAUGAGUAGUAAAUCAGGAUACGUCAGUGUGGAGUUGAGUCCGGUGGCGGCUGUCAGUGUGCAGCUUUUCUCAGGAGACACAGAGUUACAUGUGAGUGGGCCCAUACAGGUCAGCCUCAGCAUUCCUGACAGCUGUGGACUUCAGAGUUCAAAUGUUGUUCCAGCAUGGUUCUUUAACCGGACCACCGGUGGAUGGAUGAGAAAAGGACUAGGGACGGUGGUGUCAGUGGAAGGAAAACUCAGGUGGACAUUCACAGCUCCCCACUUUGGUUACUGGAUAGCAGCGCCUCUGUCAUCCACCAGAGGUUUCUUUGGACUUGCCAUCCCCGUUGAUUUCAUUAUGCGCCAUUCAUCUAUCCUGAUGGUUAUCCUUGGAGGAAUGCUUGUUGUUGUCGUCUGUCUUCUGUUUGGGUUAUUGUUUAAUCGCAGAAGUCCACUCUGUGAAAGUAAGGCAAAAAAAAUCCUACCAGAGAUGAGGAAAGACCAAUCCACCUCCACAUGUGAUGAUAAAGGAGACUUCUCUGAUCCACAGGAUGGACUGCACCAAUCAUUCACAGAAAGAAGGGAUAACUGGCACAAUGCCUCUGUAAUUUCUAUGCGCAAUGGCAACGUAAUAGCCAACCCCAACGCUGUGGCCAUUACUUUGGAGUGUAACGAACUGGAGCUUAACUCUGACCUGAGUGAUCAGAAGUGUUUGCAUAAAACUACAGAGCAGAUCAGAGUUCCAGCCUCUCUGACAGAGAAUUUGUUUUUCUACAACCAGCCUGUUGCCAUUCUUCAUACUCCAGCGUUCUUCCAUUUGGAGGAGCAGUCAGAGCAGCCUCAGUGGAGCAGGUCGGCCACUCUUCCCCGAGCAGGAGCUUCAAACAGUGCCGCCACCGAGCCGCUGAGUAAAGACAGCUUCACCCAGACUCUGUCUAAAGGUCCCUCUGCCACCCAGAACCAGGCAGAAGAAACUGAGGACCAGCUUGAGGUUCUAGAGGGCUCUCAGGCAGCGACCUCAACCAACCCAUCCAGGGGUCACUUCAGCCUCCCAGAGUCAGUGUCGGUCCCAGGAACACUGAAUAAAAUUGUGGACAGCAGACACUCGGUGCAAGCCUUGGCAGAACUUUCUAAAAUCCCCUCACUUCAGCCCCCUCGGGCCUGGUUUGUAUCACUGGAGGGCAAACCAGCAGCUGAGAUCCAUUAUGCUGUGUCAGAGCAGCAGAGGAGGCGAAUGCCAGCUGAGAGUCGAGAAACCAGCUUAGACUCAGGAGUGGACAUGAGCGAACUGAAUCAGACGUCUGGAAGGAGGGCUGUAACACUGGAGCGCAACGCUACCUUUGUCAAAAGCACAUCCAUCAGUAAACAAGCACCUCCACAGUAAAAACUCUCAACACCCCCGACAGCCCUCUUAAGUUUGUGAAUAAACCUCAUCAGUUCUAUCUAUGACAAGUGACUUAUUUACCUUAUUGCU